AUGUUGUUCUCAAACAGAUACACGGUGACUUACACACCGGUAACCGACAAUGUCCAUCCUCUACCAGAUGCGCUACAUGUCAAGGUCAAAAAUACAUCUGCCAUUGCACUACGAGCUGCAUACCUGCAUGGGCCAUAUACUCUUUAUGCCUCCUGUUAUCCUUCCACAUUCGACCCUCAUGGCCAUUCUCAGGAUGAGGAGAUCGAGGGGAUCCCUCAGUUUGAACCAUACCUUAAGGCAGGAGGGAGCUGGAAAGCAAUGAUCCCUAUACCGAAAUGCCUGCGUCAAAUUCCAGAGACGUCCGCAUCACCCGCCAGCAUCCAAAAAGUGACCUGGGUUAUCGAGAUAAUAUCGCAGGUCAUUUUCUCCACCACAGCUAUUGUCAAUUAUGAGCUACUCAUAGGUCGUGAUGAGGAGUCAGUUGAACUCCCCUACAGCGGCGGGUUAUCGGUCGGCAGGCUUCACCUGGCAGCUCACCUACAGGAUCAUGUAAAUCCCACCACGAAGGGCAGGCAAGUGGUUGCUACGAAAGGCGUUUUCUCGAAAUCGGUCUGUUUGCGUAUAGACGACACCACCAGUCUCUGGAAUACGCCUCCUUUUCCUUCUGAACAUGACGCCCUUGACCACACUGGAUCUCCGUCGGAUAUCCCACCAACGGAACGAGAAUCAAUGGAGAGGGCAGAACGACCCGACACCACUCGGCAGAACUGUGCGCGUCGAAAAAAGGUUCACCUUGUCGUACUCACACAUGGUCUACACAGCAACCUUGGAGCAGACAUGCUUUACUUGAAAGAAAGCAUUGACGCUGCAACUAAGAAAACACAAAGUGGAGCAUCCUGCAAGUUGAGACAACAUUUGGAUCCACAGGCGCCGAAAGGCGUCUCUUCUCUAGAUCGUUCCAUUCGCGAUAAUGAUUCGGUCGAUCAAGACGAUAUCGAUGACGAACAAGUCAUAGUUAGAGGUUUUGCUGGUAAUGCAGUACGUACUGAGCGCGGAAUACAGUAUCUCGGCAAGCGACUUGCGAAAUACGUAUUGUUCAUGACAUACCCAGAUCAACCCUACAGGCCACUCAAACAAUCUAGAACUAAAACAUUCACUGAGUCACUCGGUGCAUGGAAGACUGCGAAGGAAAGCGUUAUUAACGACCCUUCUGGGUCUCGAACUCGUGCAGAUGAGGCAGAAGACGAGCAUCGUUAUUACCAGAUUACGAGUAUUAGCUUUAUCGGGCAUUCUCUUGGGGGUUUAGUUCAGACGUAUGCCAUUGCAUACAUUCAGAAACAUUCGCCUGAAUUUUUCAAUCUGAUCCGCCCUGUCAACUUCAUCGCUCUAGCGACACCUUUCCUUGGGCUCAGCAAUGAGAACCCUAUGUAUGUCCGCUUUGCUCUCGAUCUCGGCCUUGUCGGCCGGACAGGCCAGGAUCUAGGGUUAAGCUGGACUGCUCCCCGAGUACGGAGCGGGUGGGAGGCGGUAAUCGGCGGCAGGGGUACUUCUACAAAGCCACGGGAACAUGUAGACCAUGGACCUAAGCCUUUGCUAAGAGUUCUUCCCUGUGGUCCGGCUCAUGAGGCGCUUUCUAAGUUUGACCGUCGCACAAUCUAUUCAAACGUGGUUAAUGAUGGGAUUGUGCCUUUGCGAACUUCGUGCUUAUUAUUUCUUGAUUGGAGAGGGCUGGAGCGCGUUGAAAAGGCAAGAAGGCAGAACGGCCUUGUUAGCACAAUGGCGGAAUGGGGAUGGGCAGAGUUGACCGGUGCUAAUUCGGUCUCACUUCGGUCACCUCGUUCUCCUAUCGAUAGCAAUGCGUCGUUCUCUAGAAUUGACCAUCGCGAUAGCGGCAGGACCAAUUCCCCGUCAGAGGAGGUCCAACGACAAAGGCAAGCUGAGACAGUCCAAAGCGCUUCCAUUGUUGAUUCUCCGGUCUUAUCCACUGGCGAAAGUGCAAACCAUCCGCCACAAGUAGAGCUAGGCGGCUCAAGACACAAUCAGGAACCUAAGAUAUCAUCGGUUCAGUCUUCGCUCAACCCGCUGAGCGCGUUUUUCUCGAUUUUUCGGCCAAAAAAAGCAACAACUGUAUCAUCUAGGCAUAAACAUACAAAAGUUUACAAGCGGAGUCAGACUUUGAGUACCACGUCUGACUUCGCCCAUGCGUCCACAUCUAGACCGUUUCCCCUUGAAGAACCUAUUUCACGAAGCUCUUAUGAGGAAUCUGGGCUUAACGCUCCCCCAAGAACCACAUUUUUUGAGUCAGCCGGAGAUCUUCUCAUGCCACCUCUACCACCAGUUCAGUUUAUUAUUAAUCCUGCUUCCAGGCCAAAGACAAUCUUUCACGACCGUAUAUAUUACCCCGAGGACAUACCUCCGCCUUUGUCUGCCAAGCGCAAGACCUCGCCAUUGAGUUCUUUUGAGAGUAAGGUUUCUGAUGGUCCGCGGGAUUCAGGCUGCGAUGAAAGUCGCUCUACCAAUGACGGAAAUUCGAUUGCCGGUGGUCUGAAAGUCGAGGAGAAAAUUGCGAGAGCUUACCACCGUGGAAUGUCAUGGCGCAAAGUCCUUGUUCGCCUUGAACCAGAUGCUCACAAUAACAUCAUCGUGAGGCGAAUGUUCACAAAUGCGUACGGCUGGCCCGUAGUGAAACAUCUCGUUGAUAGUCACUUUCGACAGGAUUCCCUCGACGAGGGUCAGAAAAGGCCGGGAGAAAGCGUCCAAGACGCAUAUAUACCUGUAGGGACAACUUGCGAUAUGGGUGGAGCUCUCUCCUAG